AUGGCAGCCGGGGUGGCCAGCUACAUACUCGUCUCAUUCCAAAGUGGCAGGCAAAAAGCGGUGCCUGCAGCGCUGUACUGCAGCCUGGGAGCAGGGGGUCUGCACUGGCUGUCUCAGCGGUACAACUGGGGUGCACUCACAAGGCGGACCCUCGUGCGAAUGGACUUAUUGGACGACGAAGAGGUGAAGAGGGAGUUGGAGCAGCCGAAGCUGCCCUACUCAACAGUCAGAAAGGAGGACCUGGGAUGGAGGAGGCAUCUGCCCAUCAGGAAACUGACAGAGGAGGAAUGGGAGCAGUAUCAGGCAGUCAGGAAGCAGCGAUUCAAGGACAGGCACUCCGGGGGCAUCGCAGGCAUUUUGGAGGAGCAGCAGCAAGGCCGGUCAUUGGAUGACACUCAGCAGCGGUAA